AUGCCCCCUCAGAAGAAGUACAUUUGCGGGUUUUGCGCCAAGGCAUUUACUCGAUCGGAACAUAAACAGCGCCACGAGAGAUCCCAUACUAAUGAAAAACCAUUCCAUUGCUUGCACUGUACUAGCUCCUUUGUUAGGAGAGAUCUACUCCAGCGGCAUUGUCGAACCGUGCACCAAAGUCGCAGCCAACCCCACGACCGCGAUCUUCUUGCUGGAGGUGGUGCUGCUACAAACGGCGACGGUCACGUGACGGAACCUCCUACGCUGAGGCUGCGGCUGCAGCUGCAGCAGUUGUUACCGCCACUACCACAGUCGACACCAAUGCAACAUCUGACGAGCACGCCUCGGCAAUUCACUGACCCAAAUCAGAUGUUUUCUCCACUGCAUCCUGAUGGUGCCAAUUCAACACAACAGCAACCGCAACCGCAACCGCAACAGCAACCGCAACUACAUCUGCACUCGCAACUGCAGCUGGAUUUUGCAGCCAUCUUGUCCCCGAAAAGUACUGCCGAUGGAGAAACUUAUCGACUGAGUAAAAAACGCAAGAAAUCUGAAAGCUUGGACUCGCCGAGAAGAGCAUCGGCGUCAACGAGAAAAGACCAUGAAUUGAUUAGUCUCUUGUCAAUCACAAAAAAAUUGGACAAGUUGAUAAGCACCUAUGAAGGCACGCAGCAGCAGACGCACACCUCUUUGAUUUGCGAAGGUUUCCUCAUUGGCUACGUUGCCAUACAAAAACACGCGUUGAAUUUCCCAAUCUUUGAUCAAGUAUUGAAGGAUUUGAUCCACUAUCUCAACACGUUUGUUCAUCUCGAUAGAAGCGCUACCAAGUACCACCCUAAACGCCACCACCACCACCACCACUCCAAACAACCCCCUGCCACGUCGUUGUCAUUGCCGCUAUCAUCAUCAUCGUCUUCUUCAUCAUCUUCAUCAUCUUCAUCGUCUUCAUCAUCGUCGUCAUUGUCAUCCCCCGCGUCACCCUCGAGUGAAGUGAAUCUUUUCAAAAUUGGCGUUAUUUAUUCAAUCAUCUCAUUAGGGUGUAUCAUCAAUAAACAGCCGAAUGAAGCACUAGUAUUUUUCAAAAAGGCAUGGAUCCUUCUUAUCAAGAAACUCAUCCCCAGAUAUAACAAUCGGAAUGUUUCAUUUGACCAAAUUGAAAUCACCAGCAGUUUAUUCUUGAUAUCGUUUUUGUACCUUCAUUACGACUUGGAAAUCUACAACAUCAACGAGACCCCCUUGGAUAGCAACGAUGAAGACCCCGAGAACCGAGUCUACCUCAACAACAAGGUGAUUCUAGAUUAUCUCGACCAAAUAAGCUUCAUAAUAAUCUCCAAUCUCACCGAUUUCAGCAACCCAAAGGAAAAAAUCGUGGACGGGAAUAUCAAGUUGUUUUGGAGCGUCUACAUUAUCCUAUCGACUUACUUACACGAUAGAAUUCCCAAGAUUCAUGAGCAUUUCAUGCACAAAGUUGUUGGUAGUCGCGGCGAGGAGGAGGAGGAGGAGGAGCAGGAGGAGGAGCAGGAGGAGAAGCAGCAGCAGCAGCAGCAGAGCCAGGAGAUGACGCUCGUGCAAAUGAUGCACAGGUUCUCAAAACAACAUUGCUUGAUUGAAGAAGAGUUUCUCAAGAUGAUUAUUGUUUCGGCAAUAACCAAUGAGUUGAAAAUACGCUAUUAUGCACCAACUUCGAAAGAGGGCAGCAAGGAUCUUCGUGUGUAUGACUCAAAAAACACCUUGCACAACUCGGUUAUUCUCAUCAACAAGUCGAUCAAUUUUUUCCCGCAAUGCCAGGAGACCCACAAUAACUCCAUCGAGGUGAAGAUGUUUGAAUUGUUUAGAAAACACUUGAUUGUGUCGAGUCCUUUGAAAUUCCACGAAUUGCUCAGCAAUUACCUUUUCCUUCCUGAAAAUUUCUACAAUUGGCAAUUGAUCCAUUCGACAUUGAAGGAAACCACAUUAAACUUCCCGCUCAACGAAACACUACGCGCGCUUGUACAAGACCAAUCAUUUUUCCUCAGCGUAGAGAAAACCCUUCGCCAAUUUUUAAGUUUCAAGACAAUUUCCUUGGAUAUCAACAACAACAUUUCAAUUGUCUCGAUUCCAAUCAUCUUUUUUGCCAAGUUUUUGGACCUUGGCAUUCUCAAGAGUCUCGACGAUUUCAAUCUCCUCCAAUUGCAGAGCAUGUUUUAUUUGAUCACCGAGUGGUAUAUCGUGAUGAACAAGGUCUUGAUCAUGGUGUGGUGCGACGAUUUCUGCCCUUUUGAAGAGGACUACAUCUUGCAAACGCUUAUCUUUAUGAUCUUGGACGAUAAGUCAGCUUCGCUUCUACAGAAGUUGAAAAUUGAAAGCAAUUCAAUCACAUCGCCGCCCCCGGACGCUGAAGAUGAGUUGAAACUCAACAAGAAGUGGUUUUGGAUGAUCAAGACUAAGCUAGACCGCAUUUUCGAGCAAUGGAUAUACCAUGUAAAGGCCAGGCUCGUGCAAAAAGGCUUUGGAGGAGAAGAGCAGCAGGGGUUGACGAUGUGCACUCUUUUGAUUAGCAAGUUUUUCAAUGAAUAUCUUGCGUUAGAGGAAGACCUUGUUUUCAAAGAGGCCGACAUUGACUUUCGUCCACCAGCAGGAACCGCACCAGCAGAAACAGCACCAACAGCAGCAAUGACAGCAGUACCAGCACCAGCACCAGCACCAGCACUAGGAACAGCACCAGCACCUACAGCACCUACAGCGACGACAAACGCAAGCACACCAAACCUCAACCAUAGCAUCCGUAACGAGAGAAGCCUCUCAAUUGCAUCUUCAACCAACAUGAACCCUUCGUUGAUCAAUUAUAGCAUACCUUUACCACAGUCGCGCCAGCAAAGCAUCACCACCGCGUUAAUGACGGGCUACGGCUCUUUUUCAUUUGGAUCAACAGCAGCAAUGAUGAGCCCCUUGAACCAUUUCGACAAGAGAAACUCAGUUGUCUCCAAUGAUUCAAGCAUCACCACCACCACCAACGGUGGCGGCAUGGCUUCCACGGCAAUGAGACAUAGCAUCAGCUCACAGUCGCAUCAGCUGAGUGUACAUGGUUUAUAUCUGAGCCAACAUACCCCUUAUAAUUAUGCACCCAUGCCUCAGACUCAGCCUCAGCCCCAGCCACUAACUCAGAUACAGCCGCAGCUGCAGCCGCAGCCUCAACUGCAGCUACAUCAACAGGUGGUGAGGGAUUUGGUGUUGCCUCCGUUGAGCAGUGAGCGAGUCAAGGAGAAAAACGGGAUAACUCAUAGGGGUUAG